CAAAGCUCUUCCAAGAUGGCAGGCCCCAUCAGACAACCCAUCGACAUAACAAAGCUAGAACGCUACAUCGAGCACAAUGUCCCAUCAAUCAGCACUCCCAUAACACUCAAACAAUUCGGAUUCGGCCAAUCCAACCCCACAUACCAAAUCACAGACUCCCGAUCCCAAAAAUUCGUGAUGCGCAAAAAGCCCCCGGGCAACCUCGUCUCCAAGACCGCACACAAAGUAGAACGCGAAUAUCGGAUUCUCAAAGCACUACAAAAUACCGAUGUACCCGUCCCGCGCGUCUACUGCCUAUGCGAAGACGAUUCAGUACUCGGAAGCCCUUUCUACAUUAUGGAAUUCCUAGACGGACGUAUCGUAACGGAACCUCAUUUCCCCGGCGUCAGCGAGGCAGAUCGAAGGGAAAUGUGGCACGAUGCUAUCCGCACUCUAGCGAAACUGCAUAGAUUGGAUCCCGGAAGCAUUGGGUUGGAGGGGUUUGGGAGACCGAGCGGGUUUUAUGAUCGGCAGAUUAGGACGUUUACUGCGCUGGGUGAGGCACAGGGGAAGAGUCGGGAUGUUGAGACUGGAGAACAGGUUGGUGAAGUGCCUAGGAUGCAAGAACUGGUCAGGCUUUUCGAGGAUAAGAAAGGUCGGCCGAAGGAUAGAGGGGUUCCAAUUCAUGGGGAUUAUAAGAUUGAUAAUCUUGUGUACCACAAGACUGGGCCGCGGGUGAUUGGUAUACUAGACUGGGAGAUGUCGACAAUAGGUCAUCCCCUCUCUGAUCUUUCCAAUCUCAUCGUUCCCUGGACGAUUAGCGCUUUCUCGACAACCAUCCGCAAUUCUUCACCAUAUUUUGCUCCUGCCCCAUCGCACUUCGCUCCUGGACUUCCUACGCGUCAACAAAUCAUUCAAUGGUAUGCGGAAGUGGCAGGUUGGGAUCCAACUCCCGAGAUAUCUUGGAGUACUGCAUUCGCCAUGUUCAGAGAUGCGAUCAUCUUCCAGGGAAUUGCGAGUCGAUAUGCCGUGAGACAGGCCAGUAGCUUAGAGGCGAAAAAUGUUGGAGAGCAGAGACGGCCUAUGGCGGAGAUCUGUUGGGAGUUGGUGAAGCGGGCGCAGGAGAAUGGGCGGAUACAAUCGAGGUUAUGAUGGGGAAGCAGAUAUAGUGUCGACAUGGUGCAGGGUAAUAUUUUAUCAAUAAUUGUACGUUGAGUUGCUCGUACUAGAGACGUUGCAAUUGAACUCAGAAGCAUUAGUGCCAUGGUACAUUUACGCCUCAGUGGUAGUGCAUGAGAAGCCUUGGAGCAUAGCAUGCUAUGAAAUUUGGAGUACAGUAGAAGGCGGCGAUCCCUGACGAACACCUGACGGAUAAUCGAUCUCUGUAAGUGAUAACAGACAGAACAUGUUAGCGAUAUUCGUGUGAAUUUGCAAGACAACUAAGUUGCCAGAUAUGCAUGGUAGCUUCACGUCACGUCACAUACAGCGACAGUCUGAUAGGUCGAUGGAAAUGUCAAUGACACCGAUUUUGACGUUGAACAUUUUGACCGGUAACUGAAAUACAAGACCAAUUCAUGACUGGCUUAGGCUUCAAUUGAUGCAUUAUAGCUCAGAAUGAGUCAUUCUGGUUCAUGCCGCGCUUCGAAUGCAGAUUGUCCUCUGAUUGAUGCCUGAUUUCUGUUUUAUUUUCAUCUUCGAUAACAUCCCGUUGUUGCUCAGUCGUACAAUUUUGCCUGUUUUAGUAGGAGUACGGCCCCCAACGCUCACUCUUACAGCAGGCAGGCUACACCGCAUCGCAUCUAUUGCAAUGUGAAUUUUUGCGGCUGAGAUUAUUCCGGACAACAUGCCACUGCUUUUCACUGGCGUUUUAGACGUGCACAAAUCAUUGCGCAUACAGCGUAUACAGCAAAAAAGACGUCGACGCCGUAGAAUAUUUUGCCAAACAUAAUGGGCGGUGUCCGCGGAUCCCGGGCAGUUCGUU